AUGGAGAACAGAACUGUAAACAUACUCGCCUGCACCACGAUCGCCUUACUCGUCAUCCUCAUAAUCGUCGCCCGGGUCUCCCUCAAGCUCUCCCGCCCCUUCUUCUUCAUCGCCGGCGCCGAUGUCGCCGUCAUCCUCGCCGUCGUCUCCUACCUCUUCAUCCGCCGCCGCUACAACAACCGGAGCAAAAUCCUCAAGACCCAGAUGGUCUCCGAGAGCCGGGAGCUCCGCAUCGAGUACAGUUUCCUCCGGAAAGUCGCCUGCGUCCCGACCAAGUUCCGGUACCAAGAAAUCGAGGACGCCACCGCCAAUUUCCAGUCCUUCCUCGGCAGGGGAGCUUCCGCUUCGGUCUUCAAGGGCGUUCUCAGCGACGGGACCGCGGUGGCGGUGAAGCGGAUCGGUCCCGAGGCCCGAGGCGAGAAGGAGUUCAGAUCUGAGGUCGCCGCCAUCGCCAGCGUCCAGCAUCUCAACCUCGCGAGGCUGAUCGGCUACUGCAUCGUCCCCAAUCAGUCUCGCUACCUUGUCUACGACUUCGUCCCCAACGGAUCCCUCGAUUGCUGGAUUUUCCCCAAAAAAAUUGGGGGAAACGUAAACCCUAACCCUAAGUGCUUGACAUUCGACCUCAGAUACAGAGUCGCAAUCGACGUCGCGAAGGCGCUGAAUUACCUCCACAGCGACUGCCGGUCGAGGAUCCUCCACCUCGACGUAAAGCCGGAGAACAUCCUCCUCGACGAGAACCACCGAGCGAUCGUCUCCGAUUUCGGGCUCUCGAAGCUGAUGCGCCGCGACGAGAGCAGAGUAAUCACGAACAUAAGAGGAACAAGAGGCUACCUGGCGCCAGAGUGGCUUCUCGAGCUCGGGAUCUCGGAGAAAUCGGAUGUGUACAGCUACGGGAUGGUGCUACUGGAGAUGGUCGGCGGGAGGCGGAACGUCUGCCGGGGGAAGAGAUCGGGGAAGGAGAAGAGGGGCAAGUGGGAGUACUUCCCCAGAAUCGUGGAACAGAGGAUGAGGGAAGGGAAGCUCAUCGAAGUGGUGGAUCGGAGAUUGCUGGAGAACGGCGGCAGCGGAAUUGACGAGAGGGAAUUGACGCGGUUGGUUCAUGUGGCGUUUUGGUGUAUACAGGAGGAGGCUCCGUUGAGACCCACGAUGGGUACGGUGGUGGAGAUGCUCGAAGGCAGAGUUGCGGUGGGUCAGCCGCCGGAGACGCAGAUGAUGCUCGUUGACAUGCUGUCCAUGGAUGAGGACUCCUCCCGGGAAGUUCAGAAUAAUAAUAAUAGGAGGUUGGUGGCGGUGCCGAUAGUGAAAGUAGAUGACACUCCCGUCGCCGCCGUCUUGUCGGGUUCUUUCACCAUGUCGGUUAUCUCCGGCAGGUAG